UCCGCCCACUAGUCCAUUCCAUUGAAUUACUUGCCCGGUGUUCACGGAGAAGGCAUGCUCUUGCCACAGACAGGAAUGAAACGGUGGUGGAAUAUUUACUGAGAAUGUGCGGUAGACGGAUACUAGCCCUAAUGUGCAAUACACCCUCAUCGUAGAACUUCAAAGAAUAUUCGCUUUUUUCUACAAGUUUGCAGAGCACAUUUUAUUUGGUCUUUAGUGUUUGUCAAACCUCUGUUGCCGACCCACCUAACUAGGCCACCUACUGACAUCUGACCGUCCCCAUUUGUCGCUUGACGGCUUUUUUUACGGACUCCGACUCACACCCUGAAACAAUUUCGCUGCGAACGACUCAAAUAGAAGGAUCCCAGCGGUUAAUGGGAUGUUAGUGGCGUGGAGGCGGGGCCAGGACUGACGGAGCAUGGUGAAGCACCAACCCCUGCAGGUCUACGAGCGUCAACUGUGUUUGUCAUGUCUAACUGGGAUCUACGGUUGCCGCUGGAAACGCUACCAGCGGUCACAUGAUGACACCACCAAGUGGGAGCUCCUGUGGUCCCUCAUCCUCCUCUUCACCUUCUCUCUCCUCCUCAUCUGGUUCUACUUCUGGUGGGAAGCUCACAACGACUACAAUGAGUUCAACUGGUUCUUGUAUAACCGCUCCGGGGAGUGGAGCGAUGGGACGGUGCCCAUCUUGGCCACCACAGCCGCAGGCUUCACCUACAUUACAUUUUUAAUGAUUUUAGCUCUUUGCCACAUAGCAGUUGGGCAACAGCUGAACCUGCACUGGCUCCAUAAGAUAGGAGUUAUCGCUGCACUUCUCACCACCAUCAUUGGGAUCAUAUCUGUCAAUCAAACAUGGGGCCAGGAAUGGGAUAUCAUCCCCAUAUCCCUUCAGGCCACUGGUCCUUUCCUCCACAUAGGGGCCCUGCUUGUCAUCACUGCUCUGGCCUGGUUGGUCGCUGGCCAGGUCGCCCGUGCUGAGAAAACAAGGUUCCAGAUUGGAGUCCUGCUUCUCUACCUGGGGGUGCUACUGGGGCUCUACGUGGCCCCCCUCUCCAUCACCUCCCCCUGCAUCGUGGAGCGCUCCCACCUCAAAUCCCGCCCCGACGUCAUUGGCCACCAGGGAGCCCCCAUGCUGGCUCCAGAGAACACGAUCAUGUCCUUUAGGAGGGCUCUACAGAUGAACGUUACUGGGCUGGAGUCUGACGUUGCCAUCAGCGCGGACGGGGUGCCUUUCCUGCUGCGAGACCGCACCCUGAGGAGAACGACAGACGUGGAGAAGGUCUUCCCUGACAGACAGAUGGAGGACGCCUCUUUCUUUAACUGGACUGACCUGAGGGGCCUCAAUGCUGGACAGUGGUUCCUCAAGGAAGACCCAUUCUGGACGGUGCAUUCCCUGUCCCAGCGGGAGCUGAGGCAGGCAGCCAACCAGAGCAUCUGCAGCCUGGAGCAGCUGCUGCGGCUGGCCUCCCCACACAACACCACCGUGGUGUUCUCCCUGAGGAGACCCCCGCCCCAGCACCCCUGCCACCACAGCUGGAUCAAUGACACUCUGGAGGCCGUACGGCGGGCGGGGGUGCCCCAGAACCUGGUGAUGUGGACCCCAGAUGAGGAUCGGGGCGUGGUGAGGAGGGAGGCUCCGGGUCUGCUGCAGACCUCCAUGGAGAAGCUCCCUCCUUCGGACCUCCAGCAGCAGGGCAUCAGCCGACUGCUGCUCCGCUACAACCAGGCCAGCGCCCGGGACAUAAGGGAUUUCUCGAGGAGCAACAUCAGUGUGAGCCUGUACACGGUCAAUGAGCCCUGGCUCUACUCUGUGCUGUGGUGUAGUGGGGUAUCCUCCGUCUCCUCUGAAGCCCCACAGAUCCUCAAAAAGGUGCCUUACCCCAUCUGGCUAAUGAGUCCAGAUGAAUAUUGCCUGAUCUGGGUGGCAGCCGACCUCAUCUCCUUCGCGGUAGUUAUAGGAAUAUUUGUAUUCCAAAAGUGGAGGAUGAGUGGCAUGCGCAGCUACAACCCUGAACAGAUCAUGCUGAGUGCUGCCGUGAGGAGGGCCAGCAGAGAUGUUAACAUCAUGAAAGAAAAGCUCAUCUUCUCUGAGGUGAGCAAUGGAGUGAGCAGUGCUGGGGAGUACAUGGAAAACGGCUAUGAUGACUACUACACCAACCAAGGCAUCUCUCACUGACUCAAACUCACCCAAUGGGAAUCUACUGACAGACACUGCUCUAUUGUAGCAGGAGGGAACCGAAAACUAGGAGGGGGAGAAACCGAUCUCCAAGUAACUUGAUUGUAAGAUAGUUUUGGUUCUCAUUCAGUGCAUCCAGAUAGUUUUCAGUCUAUUGCUCUGUGCUACUGAUUCAUUGAGAGACUGCUGUAUCUCUGAUAAAAACCUGGUCACCACCCAUCCAUUGCUUAGUGUGCAUUCUGUAAAUAAGUAUUGCUUUCGCUUGUCAUAUGUGGGACCACAAGCACUUUCUAUUGCUGAACUGAUUAGCCAAAAUAUGUGGACUCCACUCCAUCUUCUAGUUGUUUUGGAAGCCCAUCAGUUUCUCAUGCUUGCUACUAUAAAGAAAUGUCUUAAUCUUAUAAGCUCUACUGGUGGUUCUGAUCUUUUGGUGGUUUCUCAGAUCUGUCACUUUAUAGUGUGCACUGCAGGCACAGUCAUAUGGCAAAAUGUUCUUCAACUUGUUUUUUAUUUCCUGAACCAAUAUUACAGCAUGAAUCUUGAUGUGUAGCGUGUGCCUGCCUUGUUUUGGCACACCAGUGCAGUAAACUAACUUUAUAUAAAAAAUAAGAACAAAAACACAAACUGUUUACAGAGGUCUUGCCUUCUCCUCA